GGCGAGGCCUAGUUCAGCCUCUCUUCGGUCGCUUUAGGCCCGGUGUCUACCAUCUGUCUCCAUCCUUUGCCGGUGGAGCGGUUUCGGACUCAUCGCAGCCAUGACUGAGCAAAUGACACUUCGGGGGACCCUAAAGGGCCAUAAUGGCUGGGUCACGCAAAUCGCGACUACCCCACAAUUCCCGGACAUGAUUCUCAGCUCUUCCAGAGGUGAGAUGCAUGAGACGCCUACUGUAGCCUAUCGAUCCACGCAAGUUUAUAUGCAUUGCGGUAUCCGGGACCCCGUUUAUCGUUAGAACAAGAGCAUGAAUGCUUACACGUUGCUUUUUUCAGCCCUGAUAACCUCAUUCUUCUGGCAGUUUGGGUUGUGCAAAGGAAAAACAUCUUCACCUGCUUACAGACAUAAAAUGAGACACCGUAGACCAAUGACAAGAUAAGACUGUCAUCAUGUGGAAGCUGACUCGUGAUGAAACAAACUAUGGGGUUCCACAACGUGCUCUCCGGGGUCACUCCCACUUUGUCAGUGAUGUGGUUAUCUCUUCAGAUGGGCAGUUCGCUCUCUCAGGAUCCUGGGAUGGAACACUCAGACUGUGGGAUCUUACAACUGGCACCACCACACGCCGGUUUGUAGGACACACCAAAGAUGUCCUGAGUGUCGCUUUCUCUGCUGACAACCGGCAAAUUGUGUCUGGAUCCCGUGACAAAACAAUCAAGCUGUGGAACACUUUAGGCGUUUGUAAAUACACUGUGCAGGAGGAAUCACAUACUGAAUGGGUGUCCUGUGUCCGGUUCUCCCCUAACAGCAGUAAUCCCAUCAUUGUAUCCUGCGGCUGGGACAAGAUGGUGAAGGUCUGGAAUCUGGCCAAUUGCAAACUGAAGACCAACCACAUUGGUCACAGUGGUUACUUGAACACUGUUACGGUGUCACCUGAUGGGUCUCUGUGUGCUUCUGGAGGCAAGGAUGGGCAAGCUAUGCUGUGGGACCUGAACGAGGGGAAACAUCUGUAUACUCUUGACAGUGGUGAUGUUAUCAAUGCUCUUUGCUUCAGCCCCAAUCGUUACUGGCUGUGUGCUGCAACUGGACCCAGCAUAAAGAUCUGGGAUCUGGAAGGCAAGAUUAUUGUGGAUGAACUUAAACAGGAGGUGAUCAGUUCCAGCAGUAAAGCUGAACCCCCACAAUGUACUUCUUUGGCUUGGUCAGCUGAUGGACAGACACUUUUUGCUGGAUACACAGACAACCUGAUCAGAGUAUGGCAGGUCACUAUUGGUACUCGCUAAAUGGCCCAAGGAUCCUUGUUAUGGCAGCCGGAGUUUGUGAAGUAGUCUGAUCGGUGAAACAUCAAAUCUAUUAAUAAAGAGUUGCUAUAAAU